AUGGCCAAGCAGCAGUUCGAUCGUACCAAGCCCCACGUAAACGUGGGUACCAUCGGUCACGUGGACCACGGCAAGACUACCCUCACCGCCGCCAUCACCAAGGUCAUGGCCGACAAGGGAAUGGCCAGCUUCCGGGAUUUCGGCAGCAUUGACAAUGCGCCGGAAGAGCGCGCCCGGGGCGUGACCAUCGCCAUAGCCCACGUGGAAUACGAGAGCGACUCUCGCCACUAUGCUCACGUUGACUGCCCCGGCCACGCCGACUACAUCAAGAACAUGAUUACCGGCGCCGCCCAGAUGGAUGGCGCGGUUCUCGUGGUCAGCGCUCCCGACGGCCCUAUGCCCCAGACUCGUGAGCACAUCCUCCUGGCCCGCCAGGUAGAGGUGCCACGCAUCCUGGUCGCCUUGAACAAGGUGGACAUGAUGGACGAUGAGGAACUGCUGGAGCUGGUGGAGUUGGAAGUUCGCGAAUUGCUCUCCAUUUAUGACUUCCCCGGGGACGACACUCCCAUUGUCCGGGUCAGCGCGCUGAACGCCCUGGACGGCGACCCGGAAGCCAUGCAGGGUGUGGCAGAGCUGGUGCAGGCGAUGGACGACUACAUUCCCGUCCCCGAGCGCCUGACAGACCGCCCCUUCCUGAUGCCCAUCGAGGAUGUCUUCGGCAUCAAGGGCCGCGGCACCGUGGUAACCGGCCGGGUAGAGCGCGGUACGCUGAAGCAGGGCGAAGAAAUUGAGAUCAUCCGGUCCGGCGACGUCCGCAAGACGGUGGCCACCGGCCUGGAGAUGUUCCACAAGCUGCUGGAUACCACCGAGGCUGGCGAUGCCGUGGGUAUUCUGCUUCGCGGCGUGGACCGGGACGAGGUUGAGCGCGGCCAGGUCGUGGUCCGGCCCGGCACCAUGCAGCCCCACCGGUUGGCCGAGGCUGAGGUUUACAUUCUCAGCCGCGAGGAAGGCGGGCGACAUACCCCCUUCUUCACCGGGUACAAGCCUCAGUUCUACAUACGGACCUGCGACAUUACCGGCGAAAUCAGCCUGCCCGAAGGCGUUGAGAUGGUAAUGCCCGGAGAUAACAUUACGAUGACCGUUAACCUGAUCACCCCCAUCGCCCUGGAGGAGCGCCAGCGCUUCGCCAUCCGCGAGGGCGGCCGCACCGUGGGUUCCGGGGUGUUCACCAGGCUGUUAGACUAA